AUGAAUUCAAAUGUGGAGCUAGACACCAUCAGACAUCAAUUCAGUAAUGAUUAUUGUUGCUUCUCAUCACCAGAACAUAUUAAUUAUAUUGUUAUUGGUGAAUUUGAAAGAGCAUGUCACACAUUUGCCAUGCUUUCAGAUGCUGAAUAUAAAGCUCCAACCAUUCAUACUCUAUUGUUUAAUUUGAAUAUACCUGGUAUUGAAGUUUUACUUACAAAAGAAUUCAAAUUGAAACAAUAUUCGAAUAAUGACAUUGUGGAAUUUGAUAAAUUGGAGCAGCAACGGAACAGAACACAUCAACCACACAACUUGCUACAAAUUUCAAAAACAAACAAUCCAACACACAUAUCACUAUUGGAGGAAUUACCUAUCACAAACAACAAAUUGAAAAACCAGAAGCAAAUGACUCUCAAUUCCGAAUAUUUAAGCAUUGGUGAUUAUGUUCUCCAAUUAGAUGAAAAAUAUCAUGUCUACAUCUGCCAAAUUAAGCAAAUCAAACAGUGGACAAAAAGGAAUAAGAAGAACAAAAACCUUUGCCUGGAUGGACGUUUCUAA